UCAAUCGUUAGAUUUUAGUACUAUUGAUAUUUUGAUCCAUCCUUGCGAAAAUUCUCGACUAAAAUUUAAAAAAAUGAUGUCAUCUGGAACAGUUAAUGAGCUUAAAGAAAAGGGUAACAAAGCUUUGGCCGAAGAAAGAAAUAUAGAGGCAUAUAAUUUUUAUUCUGAAGCUAUCAAACUUGAUCCAAAUAAUCAUGUUCUUUAUAGCAAUAGAUCUGCUGCUUUGGCCAAAAUCGGGAGGUAUAAUGAAUCACUUCAGGAUGCUGAAAAAACUAUUGAGAUUAAACCUGAUUGGCCAAAAGGAUAUUCAAGAAAAGGUGCUGCACUUAUGUUUUUAAAAAAAUAUGAGGAAGCUGAAAAAAUUUACACUCAAGGAUUAGAGAGAAACCCUGACAAUGUUCAAUUAUUACAAGGUUUAGAAGAAACAAGAAAAGCAAAGAUAGAAUCAACCCAUUUUGAUAACAGUCCAUUUCCUAAUCCAUUUUCUGGACCAAAUGUUUAUGAAAAACUUAGAAAUGACCCAAGAACUAAAUCAUAUAUGUGUCAACCAGAUUUUUUGGCCAUGCUUUCAGAAUUGCAAAAUAAUCCUAAAGUUCUUUCAUCAAAGUUGCAAGACCCGCGAUUAAUGACUACUCUCAGUGUUUUGUUAGGUCUUGAUAUGACUUCGAUGGAAGCAGAUGAUGAUGAUACUGAGUUUAACAAUCAUAUUAAUUCAAAAAAUCACACUAGCAAGAAUAAUUCCAGUGCUAAAUAUCAGUCAAAAAAACCUGAAAAAAUGUCUGUUGAUUUAAGUGAUGAUCAAAUAAAAGCCUUAAAAGAAAAGGACUUAGGAAAUGAAGCAUAUAAAAAUAAAAAUUUUGAAAUGGCCAUCAAUCAUUAUGAUAAAGCAAUUGAAUUAGAUCCAAAAAACAUAAUAUUUUUGACAAAUAAAGCAGCUGUUUAUUUUGAACAAAACAAUUAUGAUGAAUGUAUUAAAACAUGUCAAGAAGCUGUUGAAAUUGGGAAAGAGAAUUUUUCCGACUUCAAAUUACUAGCUAAAGCUUACUCUAGAAUUGGAAAUUCGUAUUACAAGUUAAAGGAUUGGUCAAAUGCUAUUGUAAACUAUAAAAAAUCACUGACAGAGCAUCGUUGUCCUGAUAUCCUCAUGAAGCUUAAUGAAACCGAAAAAUUAAUGAAGGAAGAAGAACGGCUGGCUUAUAUUAACCCCGAACUAGCGCUGGAUCAGAAGAAUAAGGGAAACGAAAUGUUCCAAAAAGGCGAUUAUCCAGCUGCCCUUAAAUACUACACCGAGGCUAUUAAAAGAAGUCCAGAAAACGCCAUUGUUUACAGCAACCGAGCUGCAUGUUAUACAAAAUUAGCUGAAUUUAGGUUAGGCCUUCAAGAUUGUGACAAAUGCCUACAACUUGAUCCUAACUUUGUUAAAGGAUAUAUACGAAGAGGACAUAUUUUGUUGGCAUUAAAAGAAUCGACCAAGGGAAUGAUUGCCUUUCAAAAGGCCCUUGAAUUAGAUCCCUCCUCACAGGAAGCCCUAGAAGGAACCAGGAAAUGCUACAGUGCUCUUGGUCAAAAUCAAAGUCAAUCUGUAGAAGAUAUAAAGCAAAAGGCAAUGCAAGAUCCAGAGGUUCAAUCCAUUCUCACCGACCCUGCUAUGAGAAUGAUUUUAGAACAGAUGCAGAACGAUCCUAGCGCUCUUAAAGAGCAUCUGAAAAAUCCAAAUAUAGCAGAAAAAAUUCAAAAGCUUCUAGAAGUGGGCAUCAUUCAGAUACGAUGAAAAUGAUAUGAUUUGACUACUAAUUAAUUAUUUUUAUUAUAAAUGUACAUACCAAUUUUUAUCUUACUCUAAAAUUAGGUUAAUUAAUUAUUUGUAAUCUAAGUUUAAUCAAUUUUUAUUAAAUACAUAAAAUAAAAGCGUCAUAUUUAAAAAAUUGA